AUGUUGUUCGAGACUUUGGCCUUCAAGAACGACAUUGCCCACUGGCGCAAGAAAAAGGACGUUGUUGGUACUUCAGUUCGGACAAUUUUGGCCAACGUCUUCAUGCAGGCUGUCAUCUUCCUCUACCUCAUGGACAACAGCGAGAACACCUCUUGGAUGAUUCUGGCCAGUCAAGGAUUUGGUAUUCUUCUGGAAUUCUGGAAGAUCACCAAGACCGUCGACGUUCGUUUGCGCCCGCCACCAGCCACCUCUAAGUUGUCGUUCUUACCUUAUGUGAUUGUGUUUGAGGACAAGCACAAGCUUAGCGAGACGGAGGAAAAGACCAAGGAGUACGAUGAGAUUGCUUUCCGCUACCUGUACAUUUUGGCUGUUCCCCUUCUGCUCGCAUACGCCGCGUACAGCUUGGUCUACAAUACCCACAAGUCAUGGUACUCUUACGUUAUUCAGACCCUGGUGGGUAGUGUCUACGCUUACGGCUUCCUCAUGAUGGUUCCCAGUCUCUACAUCAACUACCGGUUGAAGUCUGUUGCCCACAUGCCCGGAAAGGCGUUGACCUACAAGUUCCUGAACACCUUCAUCGACGAUCUCUUCGCCUUCACUGUCAAGAUGCCUUGGCUCCACCGCCUGGCUACUCUCCGCGACGAUGUCAUCUUCUUCGUCUGGCUCUACCAGGGCUGGAAGUACAAGGUUGAUUAUAAGCGCGUCAACGAGUUCGGCCAGGGAGGUGACAGUGACGAGGAGGAGGAACCUACUCCUGCUAUCGAGGGCGACAAGAAGGAGGAAGUGGCUACCCAAUCCUCUUCCAAGGCUACCUCCAAGUCGUCUACCCGCAAAAGGAAGUGA